GAGAGAGAGAGAUGCCGAACGCCGAAGGAACUCCGGCGGCUCCGACGGGUUGCUUCAAGUGCGGUAGGCCAGGUCAUUGGUCUCGAGAUUGCCCUUCCUCGUCCGCUACAAACUCCAACCCUAUCCCUAAUUCUAAUGCAAGGCCAAACACAACCAAUUAUUUAAAGCAGCCAUCGGCUGCUAAGGUCCCCAUCGCCGCUGUCAAGAAGGUUCCCAGGUCACGCCCAAAGCUCACACAAGACUUAUUGCUUUCUGAUGAUGGCCUCGGCUAUGUACUCCGCCAUUUUCCUCGGGCUUUCAAGUACCAUGGCCGCGGUCAUGAGGUCAGUGACCUCGGGAAUCUCAUAGGAAUGUAUGCGGAAUGGCACUCUCAUCUAAUCCCUUACUACUCAUUCGAUCAAUUUAUUCGCAAGGUUGAGCAAAUUGGUGCAAGUAGACGUGUCAGAAGAUGCAUUGAUGAAUUAAAGGAAAGAGUUUCCAGAGGAGGAGAUCCAACCAAAUUGCAUGAACCACCUGUUGAGCUAGUUGAUCCAGAUAAAGGACCAGAGCAAUGCGAAAAUGAACAUAUGGAUGUGGAAGAACCACUUGUUGUUAUGGAAGAUCCACCAUUAGAAGACCAUGGUGGAGACCAUAUACAAGAAGAAAUGAUCAACGAAAUCUAUCAAAAGGCAACUGAUGAUUCAGGAGGCCUACCACAGCAGAAAUCAUCCGAAACUCCCCAAGCUAUUUCUGCAUCUGGUGUUGAUCCUAUACCAGCAAUUUCUGUGGAAUCAUCUAACCAUAGGCCACACAGCGAGCAAAGGGAGCUUAGAAAGAUUCAGAUCACAGAGGAGCAGAGGGCUCGGAUGGAAGCAAAUCGCUUGAAAGCCUUAGAAAGGGCCAAGCAGGCAUGCUCUUCUAAGGCUUAGCGUAAAGCCACUUCUACAUUCUUAGGUUUCGUUUUUGGACAGCAUUUUUACUGCCGCUAAAAACCGUUUUUUAAUAGAAAAAUUA